AACGUAGCUUUUAUGCAGCGCUCAUUUGAAGAUUUGCAAGCGGCGGGCCGUCAACGACAUAAGUUCGCUGAAUUUUGUAUCUUUGGCAACAGAGUUGGCUAGCUGUGUGUAGGUGUGUGUUUGACACUGUGUGUGUGUAUGUGCACAAUUGCAGCAACAAUUGCAGUUAACCGAGAAAACGACAGCAACAAAAACUGUUAAAUUCGUGUAGAAAUAAAAGUGAAGCCGGUUUUCAAAAUUACGCAAAAAAAAAGGCAAGCGAAAAUUGCCCACGUUUGUAUAUUUGUAUGUGUGCGUGUCUGUGAGUAUUUUGUGCAUGUGUAAAAUCAAGCCAAAAAAUUCAAUUAAAACAAGUUUAUAUUGCCAAUUGUGAAAAAGUGUUGUCCAAAUUGACAACAACAGCAAAUUAAAUAUCUUAAAGAAAGCAAAAAGAAAGAUAUGCAAGCGUUUUACAUUUUGCUAACCGUCGCGACGGUCGCACUCGGAAGUGCCGGGUCCGCCACGCUGCCAGCAUCCGGUCCCACAAACGAGCAGGAGGCGGAAUUUGCAACCACCUCCUCAACAGUCUCACAGUUAGAUACAGCACCACAAACGCCAUUCGGUGGCAUCGCCCCGUGCAGCCUUAGCUCUGCGGAACUGGAUGUUUGCAUACGCGGGCUCUUCGAUGCAGUUGUGCCUAGACUGAAGUAUCAGGGUCUGCCAGACUAUAGCCUGGGCUCAAUUGAUCCGUACUUCUACAAGCGUGGCAUCUUUCGGUACUCGAACGAUGGCAUACAGGGCGGCCUGCUCAUAAAGAACAUGGAAAUUUAUGGCAUCAGCGGGCUGAAGGUAAACAGCGUGUCAUCCAAUUUCACGGACAGCGGCUUCGUCAUCAAAUUGGGCGUGGAGCUGCCACAGCUGAAGGCUGGCGGUUACUUUAAGGCGGAUGUCAAGUUUGGCGGUCUGCGUCUGGUGCCCAAGGGACCAUUUAACAUUACCAUUGAUGACGUCAAGGCCACGAUUCUAACUGAUGGACACAUUGAGCAGCUGCCCAGUGGCCAACAGCGCUUGAGCUUGCAUCGCCUGAAUGCGAGUGUGAAUGUGGGCAAUGCUCGGAUCUUGGCCAAUGGCAUCUUUUCGGACCGCAAUCUAAAUGCUAUGAUCCUAAAUUUGGUCAAUGAGAAUUUGCCAGAGAUCACGCGCGUCGGUAUUCCCGCCACCCGGGAGCAGUGGGCGCCCAUUUUGGUAACGCAUAUCAACGAGUUCUUCGCACCGGUUCCUAUAGAAAAGUUGUUGGUUCAGUAAAGUGCUCAAGGCUCCAGUGUUUGCAUUUUAUAGCUAAUUAGUUUUUAAUUAUUAUAUAACGAAAUAUCAUUUAAUUUUAAUGCUGCUUCCAAAUAAUUACCCUGCUUCUCUUGAAUUGUCAGCGAAACGAAAUUUAUAUUUAUUUAUAUGCUUCUUCUUUAGAAAUAUCAUCUUGUUGCACGUACUUUUGUUCAAACAUUUCAAAAUUAUUAAAUUCUAUUGUCUAACUGACAAGCAACGUACAAAAUUGGUUUUUCGUAAAACUUUGUUUAUAAGUCAAAAGCUAAAGGUUUGACAGGCAUUGGAUUUUUGCUCCCAAAAGCAGGCAACACAAAUGGAAUACAUGUGGUGAACCAGAUGAAAUUAUAUCAUAGCAUACUUUACAACUGAAUUAAUUUGAAAUAUUCAACUUGGACAUAAAUAAAA